AUGAAUCCCCGACCGGGCGGUGAUGUGUAUCUGACACCGAUGAACAUGACCACCAGUCCCUCUGCUGGCGAUGACAACGGUUACGGUUCUGUUUUUGGUGUUAAGGACAGCCACGAUGAUGUGGUGGUCCCCGGUGCCUUUACCACAACACUCCAGAAAUGGAGCGAAAAAAAGGCGCUGCCUGCGUUGCUCUGGCAGCACCGUAUGGAUGAGCCCAUCGGUGUGUACACCGAAAUGAAAGAAGAUGAUGUCGGGCUUUAUGUCAGGGGGCGAUUACUCGUUGAUGAUGAUCCCCUGGCAAAACGUGCACAUGCCCAUAUGAAGGCCGGUUCUUUAACCGGCCUUUCUAUUGGCUACAUCCUGAAAGACUGGGAGUACGACCGGGAAAAAGGGGUAUUCCUGCUGAAAGAGAUCGACCUGUGGGAGGUCGCGCAGGAUUUGCAGCAGAAGUUUGACGAUUUUAAGGCAAAAAACGACAAGCGCAUUGACGCGAUCGAACAGGAAAAAAGCAAGCUGGCCGAACAGGUGGAAAGCCUGAACGGGCAAAUCAGCGAGCUGGAAAACCUGAAAAGCGAUCUUGAGGCUGAGCUGGCUGAAGUCAAGCGUCCGGCAGGCGGCACGAAAAAUAAAGUUGCCGGUGAACACAAAGAAGCGUUUAUCGGAUUUAUGCGCAAGGGGCGUGAAGACGGUCUGCGUGAACUUGAACGUAAGGCGCUUCAGGUAGGUAAUGAUGAAGAUGGUGGUUAUGCCAUUCCGGAAGAACUGGAUCGUACCAUCCUGACGCUGCUGAAAGAUGAGGUGGUGAUGCGCCAGGAAGCCACUGUGAUCACCCUCGGUGGCUCGGAUUAUAAAAAACUGGUGAAUCUGGGCGGCACUAAGUCCGGAUGGGUGGGGGAAACGGAUACGCGUCCGGAAACCGCCACCUCAAAACUGGGGCUGAUUGAACCCUUUAUGGGGGAAAUCUACGGCAACCCGCAGGCCACCCAGAAAAUGCUCGAUGACGCUUUCUUCAAUGUGGAAGACUGGAUCAACAGUGAGCUGGCGCUGGAAUUUGCCGAACAGGAAGAAAUUGCCUUUACCAGUGGCGACGGCAGCAAAAAACCAAAAGGUUUUCUGGCUUAUGAGUCCACCGAUGAAGAUGACAAAACCCGUAAGUUUGGCAAACUUCAGCAUAUCGCUUCCGGUGCGGCUUCUGGCGUGACCGCUGAUGCGAUCAUUAAACUGAUUUACACCCUGCGUAAGGCGCACCGCAGCGGCGCGAAGUUCAUGAUGAACAACAGCAGCCUGUUUGCCAUUCGUCUGCUGAAGGAUAACGACGGAAAUUAUCUGUGGCGUCCGGGUAUUGAGCUGGGUCAGCCUUCUUCUCUGGCAGGGUAUGGCAUCGUUGAGAAUGAGCAGAUGCCGGAUAUUGCCGCCGAUGCAAAAGCCAUUGCGUUUGGUAACUUCAAACGUGGCUAUACCAUCGUUGAUCGCAUCGGUACCCGUAUCCUGCGCGAUCCGUACACCAACAAACCGUUUGUGGGUUUUUAUACCACCAAGCGAACCGGCGGUAUGCUGGUGGAUUCUCAGGCGAUUAAGCUGAUGAAAAUUGGGGCUGCAACCAGCAAGAAAGCUGCCGCGUAA